UUCUAUGACUUUUGUUCAUGGGAACUUUUUUAUUUUCUCAAGAUGCCACAUAUUACGAAACACCCUGUAUAUAUAACUUUAUUAUUUUCCAAGGUUGGUAGAAGUGAUGAUUAUUUUCGAAUAUUCAGUUCUACCAACCUUGAUUAUUUUCAACUUACCAAUUCCAAUUCCAUCUCAGUUCACUGCUUAUUGAUUUACAAUUCAGUAAAUAUCUACCUACACAACCUAUAUUACAUUAUAAACUGUGUUGGUGUUUUGGGGCAUACAUAUACAUGGGUAAUUUUGAAGAACUGGUGUUUUUGAAAAUCAGGAUAGGCAACAGGCAUUCCUCUCGAAGAUUCAGAAACACUAUACAAGGUUAUGUUUAUGUUGACUCUUCAAAAACAUUACCUCUUUUUGUCACCACAUUCUGUAUAAAAUUGAGUAUAAAAUAAAGUAACUGAAAUGGAUGAUGUCUUAGAAUUAUCAAGUGAUUCAGAUAAAACUAUAUUAUUAUGCCCGGAUGCCCAGCUUACAAAUUAUCCAACAGAAAAGAAUAUGUAUGACUUGGACUUCUCUGAUGAAGAAACAGCACAUCCUUUCAAAAAUGAAAUUCCAACCAGAAAUGAAAAAUUGCCUGACACAGACUUAUUACAGAAAUUAUACAAUAAAUAUAUUCCGUCUGAUAAAAAAACAGGGCAUGAGAAUAGUGGAACUUUUUCAAGAGUUGAUUCUAACAACUCAAUAGAUUUAACUAGUUCUCCAGAAAGAAAUGAGGAUGAUGAUGGCUUCUUCAAUGAAUAUGAAGCAAUGCAAACAGAAAAGUCAGGUGAGUCAUCUAGCAAGACUCCUGGAAUCAACUUUAGAAAAAGGGAAUUAGAAAUCCUGUUAUCAGACUCUACAGAUGAAGAACCAUGUAUGAAAAAAAUAUCAGAAAGUGAGCACAUAAGGGGUAAAGAAAGAGUGAACUCUGAGCAGAGUCAGAAAAAUGGAAAAGGUAAAAAAUUAUCUAGAAAUGCUAGUGAUACCAAGCAACAACAAGAAAAUGCCAAAGCUCUAAAAAUUUUAGAAAGAAAUGAGAAGAAAAAACAGCUUGAAAGAGAAAAGGCUUUGAAAGCUGCUGCAAAGAGUAUUCAAAAAAGUAUGAGUCCUGAAGAAUGUUUGAAGAAUAUUAUAGUUACAAUUGAUCAAGACAUUUUACAACAAGUUUAUGGGGAUACAAUUAAGGACCAUCUGAGAAAUAACCAGAUAUCAUUCAAAUCCAUGCCAAAAUCAAAUGGGCUCAUCUCUUGGACUAGAAAAAUUCAAACUCUCACAGACAUGAUGUGUAAAGAAACUGAGAAAGAGGAAAAACAUUAUUUGACUAUAAUUUCUUCCAAAGAAUUUGAUAAGCUUACAAAAAAUCAAAGUCUUAGGAACCACAUACAAUCAAUCAAAGCAAUUUCCCAUUUUCAACAUUUGACAAUAAUUAUUUAUGGAAAAGAUAAACCAAGUGCAGGUCAAGAGUUGGCAAUAAUGGAAAUUAACAUGUUCUUCAAAUGUUAUUUUCAAUUUGCCAAAAGACCUGAGGAUCUAGCUCUCAUGAUUACAAUAACUACCAAAUCAGUAGCACAAAUUCCUUAUAAACUGGAAAAAGAAGAGAAAUAUAAACUCCAAAACGAAUUCUUCAAUGAUUGCAAUAGAGACUCUGUGAGAGUGGACAAAAAUGGCAAUGGUUUGGGUAGAUUAUGGCACCAAAUGUUGACAAUGUUUCCACUAGCUAGAUUGGAAACUGCAGAGGCCAUAACGGCAGUUUAUCCAACGCCAACAUCACUGUUCAAGGCCUAUGAAGAUGAUUCUACAAAGGGUGAGGAGCUGAUUCAAAACCUCAAUAUACGUAGGGCGUAUGGUCCGUUGGCCUCAUCUCGAAAAGUUGGACCAGAAUUAAGCAAAAAGUGUCACAAUUUUUUUACAUCACAAGAGAAUAUAUUGUUAUGAUAAUCUCUUAGUUAUUUUAGAUGCCACUGUACAAAGGAGUUCAAUUAUUUUUUUAAAUAAAUUAUUUUUUUGAUUUACUCCACA